CUCGGGCGGAAGCAGUGCCCAGCACCAGCAAGUCUCUCCCCACCAUUUCCACUCCACCACCUUAGUACCUCACCCGUGCGCGCCGCACUGCCGUGCUGUGUACGCAGCGACGCCACAACCGAGGAAGCCCAAACCCUAGCGCAGCUUCGCGCGAGUCCCGUACCCUCCGGCGGCAAUGGUGGCGAGCCAUGCGUGAGAGCGCGCGCCAUGGGGAAGGAUGGCGGGGGGCAGCAGGAGCAGCCGCAGGUGGCUGCAGCGGCGGAGGGAACAGGAGGAGGAGAAAGAAGAAGAACAACGUGUAGAGCAUGCCGCGGGUCUGUGCGGCUGCAAUGCUUGGCCGCGCUCCUGCUCGGCGCCGCCGUGAUGCUCUCCGCACUGUUCUGGCUGCCGCCCUUCGCCGGGAGCGGCCGCCGCGCGGGGGCGCCGGAACCCCCGGGAGACGCGCUCGCAGCUGAUAUAGUGGCAGGCUUUAUACUACAAAAGACAGUUUCUGAGUUGAGUGAAACUACGUCUAAGCUUGAAUUAGACAUCUAUGAGGAAAUUGGCAUUCCCAACUCUACUGUAACUGUAAAUUUUCUACGACCAUUAGGUGCAUCAAACUGGACAAACGUCAUCUUCAGCGUCGUGCCUUAUCCAAAGUACUCAACUAUAUCAUCGACAUGGUUGAGCAUUCUUAGGUCUUAUUUUAUGUCCUUGGUUGCACAGCAGUCAACACUCCACUUGACAGAGUCACUUUUUGGGAACUCUUCAUUCUUCGAGGUGAUGAAGUUCCCUGGAGGAAUAACCAUUAUCCCUCCACAAGCUGCAUUUCUUGUGCAGAAGCCUUAUGCAUCUUUCAACUUCACUCUGCAUUUCCCAAUCUACAAGGUGCAGGACAAAACAAAUGAGUUGAAAGACCAAAUGAAGACAGGACUACUUCUCAAUCCCUAUGAGAACCUGUACAUCAAAUUGACAAAUUUGCAAGGUUCAACAGUUGAUCCUCCAACAAUUGUUCGGGUCUCCAUUAUUCUUGAAGUUGGGAAUCAUCAGCCCUCCCUUCCAAGAAUGAAGCAGCUGGCACAAACUAUCACUAAUUCAUCUUCAGGAAACUUGGGACUUAACCACACUGUAUUUGGCAGAGUAAAGCAGAUAAGCCUUUCGUCUUAUCUUUGCCAUUCUUUGCACAGUGGCGCUGGUACUGAUGCACCUAGUCCAGCACCUGUGGCUCAUCAAGGCCAUCAUGAUAAUCAUCAUCAUCGUCAUCAUCACCACCACCACCACCACCACCACCACAGCCAUCACCAUAGUCACGAAGUAAAGAAGCAUUUGGCUCCAUCUCCUGCACCUGUACAUUCUCAUGUGGAACAGCCCAAAUAUGGAUCUCCAACCCCAUCUGGUUGUUCAUAUGGAUGCACCAAUAAACCAAAGAAUAAAGCUCCUGUAGCCCCAGCGGCUGAACCAGUAGCUAAUAAUUAUUAUGAUUCACCUCACACCAUGCCUCAUGCAUGGUCGCCAUCAUCUAUUAGUCCAUCACCUUCUGUUACAAUUAAUCCCAGUAGGCACCACAUCUCCCCUGCUCCAUCUCCAGCAUCUGCAAAGCCCCCGCUGCGUACAUUAUCUCUCUCUCAUGUACAUCAUCCUGCUCAAGUGCAAGCUGUGCCUCCUGCCCCUGAUUCAUCAUUUGCCGCCCGAAGGCAUUCAUGUCAAUGGGCCCUCGCAUUCCUGCUGUGUUUGCUGAUGGGUCUACCAUGACGAGUACAGGUCAUAUAUAUAUUACUAAAGAUAAUCGAAAAUAAGCAGCUCCGUCAAUCAUCAGUCUGUCUUGCGAGCUGCCGUGCUGUUUCCACAAGGUCCUUCGUGUCAGGCGCGAAAAAUAUAGUACACCCUUUCAGGUGUUGAUGUUAGAGCAUGUAAAUAUGGGUGGGGGGGUUAUAAGGCAAAAUGGGCAUCUCUAUAUAUAGUGGUCAAAGCCAGUGCGGCAGGCCCUUGUGUUGUUGCACAUGUUUUGCCCAGUUUUGCUGCGCAAUGGUGUUAAAAAAUGGUGGAAUCCAGCAUAGAGGUUUAUACUGUUUGAUAUGAGGGUAUAGCAGUUAUCUUCAAUUCCAGUUCUCAGGGGUUCAAAUCAACAGUUUUGCAUUUUGGCCCGCAAAAAAAACA